CGAACCAAAAGGAUGUCUCUCAGAUUCUAAAAUGCAUUUACCGUUACCACUUACCAGACCCCUUCCUUCCCUUUCCGGUCGCUGCACUCAUUGACGCUUAAACUGACUGCAAACAAACAUCGAACACUAAUCUAUUAUAGUUUCUAGAUCUCAAUUCUCAUCGCAAAACUCAGCAAACGUGAAAAGAAGAAGAGGAACAAAGAGAGGAAUCUUUCUUAAUUGUCGCUUGAUUUCAUAAUCGGAUUGGUCUGCCCUUCCUUCUCGGCUGGUAAAUCAUCAGAAGGUACAUACGUUCACCAUCUAGUCAUCUGCGGUCUACCCUUCUUCUCUGAAUCCAUCUCCCCCUUUCUCUCGUAAGAUUUAUGCGAAUCUGGAUUUUACUCUUUCCAUUUCGGUGAAUUGGGUUUGCCUUCGGUUCUAGGCUUUUAGCUCUAGUCUCUGAGUGGUCUUCCCUGGAAUAUGAAUUGUCGCGGGGGAUGUAUAUGGAAAACGUUAGUCGGUUCGAAUGCACGCGAAUUGGAGAGGGGAAUGUUUGGUUCAGCUUCCACUUUUGUAAAGGUGGAAACUUUACGGAUUACAACUGGUUGCUAGGCCGGAGAUGCAUGUUCAUGAACCCUCUUGAUUAGGUUAUGGCCUGGCCCCUUAAAAUGAUUGUGAUGUCCUUGCAGACUACUUGCUAGCCUGCGGUUCUUAUACAAAUCCAUUGUAAAAGGAGGGACGUUUUGCCUAGUGUUGAGGGUUUCUGGCCUUACUCUGAAAUGGAUUUUGCCUGAUACCAAUAUCCGACUUAUUGUUAGUCCUUAGGUAUGAUGAUUGAGGAUUUCCCAACUGAUCGGAGUUGGAAAUGAUUUGUGAACUGGGAAACCUUUAAAAUGAGAUAUGCUGCGUUAAUUUUUAGAUGAUAUCCGAGUAAUCAAGUGAAUGGCUUGCUUCAAAUUAUCGUUUCCAGUUUUAGUGGCCUUUGAUUGCAGGAGCUUGGUUGUCAACCAUUGCUAAUCAAUUGUUCUGUUCUUGAAUGCACCAGCAGCGCAUUACUUAGGACCAAGAGUUCGCUGAAGGCAUAUAUGCUAUCAUGGAGUCUGAGAGGGAAGAUUUCAACCUCUCAGGACCCUUGCACUUAACUUUUAUUGAUUGGUCUAAUGCACACCAUCGAAGAUCCGUCGCAGCCAGUUUAGUCCAAGGCGUCUACAUUCUAGAACGAGACCGCCAGCUCAAACGCCAACAUCCAAUCGCCCUUGCACCACCGUGGUGGGAGUUUUUCCACUUCAAGUUGCUCCGGCAGCUGGUAGACGAUGCUGAUCAGUGCACCUUCGGCGCCAUCUACGAGUACAGACUACCAACGCCUCAUGGCCACCAGUCUCUCGAUGCAAGCCCACGUUAUGUGAUCGCCUUCCGGGGGACCCUAACCAAGCCUGAAUCUUUCGCACGAGACGUCGAGCUUGACCUCCACAUCAUCAGAAACGGGCUCCACGAGACAUCCCGCUUCGAGAUAGCAAUUCAAGCAGUACGUAACAUGGUGGCUGCCGUAGGGGACUCCAAUGUCUGGCUGGCUGGACACUCCCUAGGAGCAGCCAUGGCAAUGCUGGCAGGGAAAACCAUGGCCAAGAAUGGAACUUUUGUCCCAGCAUUUCUCUUCAACUCGCCAUUCCUCUCUGCCCCCAUCGAGAGGAUCAAGGACAAGCGAGUGAAGCAUGGGAUUCGGAUCGCCAGCAGCGUGAUCACUGCAGGCCUUGCAUUCGCUUCCAAGAGGAACUACAACAACCAGCAAGCAGACAGUCGAUCUGUGGCUACUGAUCCCUUUGCAGCUCUCUCGUCGUGGGUCCCCUGUGUGUUUGUCAAUCCAGGGGACCCCAUAUGCUCGGAGUACGUGGGGUACUUCGAGCAUAGAAAGAAGAUGGACGAGAUUGGGAUUGGAGCGAUUGAGAAGCUGGCGACUCAGAACUCGCUGGGCGGGCUGCUGAUGAGUGCAAUGGGGAGGGAUUCGGAGGCGUUGCACCUUAUCCCGUCGGCAGUGCUGGCUGUGAACUUGAGCCCUGCGCAGGAUUUCAAGGAAGCUCAUGGGAUUCAUCAGUGGUGGAGGCCUGAUUUGCAGCUGCAAUCCAACAUUUACAAGUACACCUAGACUUGUUGGUUGUGUCUGGUAGAAUUUGUGUCACAUUUGAUUCUUUUAUUGAUUCAUUUUCCUUUUCUUGCCCACAUUUAAUCUGAUCAUCCAUUGUGCAUAUGUGUUGUUUGGAUUUGGAGCUCCAAAGAAACUGGAUUUGUAUGGUCUGAUUCUGAUGGUUGUGUUACGAAUCUGUCAUUCUGCAAGUUGUGUAGAAAGCGAUUUGCAUGGUUCCUAUACAAAUCCCUCCAUUUUCAAUUUGGUUAGCAGUGUGAAAAUGGUUUUGAGUUCUGGGAUCAAUGAAUUGUUUAAGUUAGUCACCUGUUAAGUGGCUUUGUAAAUAAUUACCAUCAUCUGCAUUUAAUGAUAUUUUGAACAGUCAUUAGAAAAUGUGGUAAUGGAAGGGAAGGACAAGAGAGCUCGAAUCCCUAGGAUGGUGGAGCCAUGAUUCAUGAAAUAUCGGGCCUUUGCCGGAGCCAGGAUUCCUGAACUGCUCUCUCUGCCACGCCUGUAAUUUCGUAACCGGUGCGGUGUCCCAAAAAUGGUCGGGCGGUGGGUCCCGCCAUGUCAAGUGGUAAAAAUCAAAAGUCCACAAUGGGAGGUGGCAGAGACAGCUCACUUGUUAUAGCUAGCACUCACUUUCUCACUGCCUCUGCUUUUACCCUCGGUUAAAAAAAAAAUAAAUUGUUUACUCUCCACAACAUUAUAGAUAAAUUUAAAGUCAACAA